CUGGCGCCAAGGGGGCGAGGCUUCGAUGGCCGCGCUCAAGUGUUGGGUCCCCAGGAAGCUAACCUGCGAGCGGGGAGCUCAGUCCCGCGAAGAGGAACCGGUCAGGUGUGUCAGGUUUUUAGGCUCCUGUCAGGUAUUUGGCAUCUGAUUGAAAUGAACAUGGUGGUGAUGAAUCAUCUGAGGGUGAUUCUUCAAGCACCUCCAUACAGAUCACCGUGGAGAAGGUUCCAGGUUCCGAGGUCCAUGCCAGUGAGGCCCUGCAGUCUCUAUACCUGCACUUACAGAACCCGGAACCGAGCCUCGCCUCCACUCUGGGAGAACUUGGACCUUGUUCCAGCAGGCGAUCGACAGUCACCCAUCAACAUACGGUGGAGGGACAGUGUUUAUGAUCCUGCCUUAAAACCACUCACCAUCUCUUACGACCCAGCCACUUGCCUCCACAUCUGGAAUAAUGGGUACUCUUUCCUUGUGGAAUUUGAAGAUUCAACAGAUAAAUCAGUGAUCGAGGGAGGACCCCUGGAACACCACUACCGACUGAAGCAAUUCCACUUUCACUGGGGGGCCAUCGAUGCCUGGGGCUCAGAGCACACUGUGGACAGCAAAUGCUACCCAGCAGAGCUGCACUUAGUGCAUUGGAAUGCAGUAAAGUUUGCAAGCUUUGAGGAUGCAGCGCUGGAAGAAAAUGGUUUGGCUGUGAUAGGAGUAUUUUUAAAGCUAGGCCAACAUCAUAAAGAGCUACAGAAAUUGGUGGAUACUUUUCCAUCAAUUAAGCAUAAGGAUACCCUGGUGCAGUUUGGGUCAUUCAACCCUUCCUGCCUGAUGCCUACCUGCCCAGAUUACUGGACCUACUCUGGGUCUCUGACGACCCCACCCCUCUCAGAGUCUGUCAUCUGGAUCAUUAAGAAGCAGCCUAUAGAGGUUGAUCAUGAGCAGUUGGAGCAAUUUCGGACCCUGCUUUUUACUUCUGAGGGGGAGAAAGAGAAAAGAAUGGUGGACAACUUCCGUCCACUUCAGCCAUUGAUGAAUCGCACUGUCCGCUCUUCCUUCCGCCAUGAUUAUGUGCUCAACAUACAAGCAAAACCCAAGCCAGCAGCCAGCCAAGUGACUCCCUAAGACGUCAUGUCUAGGCAGCAUUGUGCUUUAAUACAUACUAGUUUUUAAAAUAAUGUUAGACUAUUUUAAACCACCUCAUUUAAUAUCAUCAGACAUACAUUUCUUUUUAUGUUUCAUUUUUGUCAUUUCAUAGUUCCUAUCCAUAUAAGACAAGACAAGGAGACAAAACGACAGAAAAUAACUAAUGACUGAAUAACAUCAGGUUACUUUAGGUUACCAUUUUUGUGAAAGGAUUAAGGCAGAGAAAACUUUGUUACUAUGCCUGUUGUAACUGGCCUGCUUGGGAAAUUUAGCAGUUAAAUUUCUCUAAUCUGUUUCUCAAAAGGUCAGAUACACAGUUUAGUUUCUGCUUUGUAAAGUGGAAAUCUAGUGUGAGUGACUCCAUCUUGGGUUUUGUGUUGGUCUGAUGGGGCCUAAUACAUGAAUUUAAUUCAAAA